AAACACGUGCAUUGCCUUAUUCGUACAACAACCGUUAACGGAUAUUUGUAGCUCCUUUGUAAUUCAACUUUUUCAAUUAUUAAAAUUUUGAGUAAAUUUCACCAUGCCACUAAGCAAAUCCGGGUUUGAAUAUUCUGAAAACUUUUCCUACACUAAGUUAUCAAGUGAUGCUACUGAGUUUAAAUACGAUUUCGAGUACCCUAAGUGGUCGACGGGAGACGAGGAAAAUGAUUGUUCGUACAGCUAUACGAAGUGGUCGACGAGUGGGGCUGAUGGCGAAUCUCUCAUCUUGAAACCUCAGAGUAUUGUAGACUGCUUCCAGCAGUAUGACGAGUCAUCAGCGACCCUACCUGUACUUGACGGAGAGAUUGUGAAUAAAUCUACAGAUAGUAUUGUGCCAAUUUGGGAUGUUUCUAUAAACGCUGAUUCCACUCUCAAGGCCUCUGCUCAGCACCAAACCUCUGGUAGUAAUCUGAAGAAGUGUACCUCUGGUUUAGGGUCAACUUGGAGCUCUGAUAGUUCCGAGGUCUUCAAGACAAAUGCAUACUCACCCUCUGCUAUUCCUUGGACUCGGCGUUCAAGCACAGAGAGUCCUGAUCCAACUUGGAUAGAGGCUAAUCCUGGAGAUGCCGUAGGCCGGGACAGUCCUGCUCCAGCUUGGGAUACAAACCCUUCUGAUUGGAAGGAGGACGCAUCUAUGAAACUUGCAGAGAAGUUGUUUCAAUUCAGGAUAGAGAACGAGGAGACUGGAAGUGAAGGAACCUAUUCCAACCCAAGGUUCAAGACAGAGUUUUGCCGGAAUUUCAGGGAGAAGGGAACCUGUUUGUACGGGGAUCAAUGCCAGUUUGCACAUGGCAAAACAGAGCUUCGUCAAGAUAUUGUGCGGCACAGCAAGUACAAGACCAAGUUUUGUCAAAAGUUCUGGAUUGGUGGAUGGUGUGUUUACGGACCCAGAUGCAACUUUAUUCAUCUGGAAGAGGAGGCUGCGGCUGCAUACAAGACUGAUACUGUUCCAACUGCGGGAGGAUUGAGGCCGUUCCAGCUUCAGUUACGUAAGAAUUCUGAAUCAAGUACCGACUCGGGGAUUGAAACUUUUUCUUAUCCUCCCCCUGAUCAUGCGUCCAGGAAGUUUAACAAGAUCUCAAGUCCUCUUCCAACCAGGAUGCAGGUAUCCGAGAACAGUGUUUCCAAUGCUCAGAAUGAGAACUAUGUCCUGAAUGCAAGGAACAACUACAGACGAGAAAUCAAUGAGGGAUGUGCUCUUUCUGAGCGCGAGAAGUUAAUUGAGCUUGUGGAGGCUCUGAAGCUUAUUGAGCGUACUGACCUGGGCAGAAAUCUUCUGGGGCAAAGUGACUUGGCCCGACAACUGCUGGGGACAAGUGACUUGGGACGAAGGACAGGUCAGGGGCUGAGAUUUCCUGGGACCGGACUUCCUCAGGAUAGGAAACUUAUCGUGCAUCCUGAACACAACCCUAUCCUGGUCUCAGCACCUGCCUUUGACACAUGGUCGACCCCGCAGUUUUUUACGUAAUGACGGACGUAGAUGACAGCGUUAUAUCUUAAGAACGCAUAGCUUGACCCUUGAGCACAUAUUGUAUUUAUUUCUAAGUUAAGUUUGCUAAUUAUUUCAUGUUUGUAACGAUGAUAAUUUAAUAUUGUAUUAAUUAUUUUUGACCAAUAAACGCUUAUUAUUAAUCUAA